CCGUUGCGGGGAGCGUUGAGAGGAGGCGCCGCGCCGGGGCCACGCGCGCCCCUCAGCGGCAGAGGCGGUUGCAAGUCCUCAGCGAGUUGAACUUCCAUUCUUUGUGGUAAAAUGGAUUUGUUGUGGCUCAACCAGUUUGCAGUCCUCCUCUGGAAAAAUUUCAUAUUAAAGAAGCGUAAGAUAUUUUCUUUAGUUGUGGAAAUCUUCAUGACACUGCUGUUCUCUGCAUUGAUUUUGUUUCAUCGCAGAGAUUCGGAAAAGAAUCUUCGAGAAGCUUUUAUUUACAAGGCUCUUCCCUUGAGUAAACUGCCUGCUUUCUUCACUGAUACGAAACAUACAUAUGAAUUGGUUUACAUACCUUCUGAAAGUGAUGUGGCAAAAAGUAUUACUGAGAUGGUGAAAGCGGAUUUAAAAGUCAAAUUUACAGUUCGAGGCUUUUCCUCAGAAGCAGAAUUUGAGAAUUACGUUAAGUUUGGAGAGAAGUCUGUUCGUGUGCUGGCUGCUAUUGUAUUUGAUCAUGACUUCAAAAACAGCAAUGACCCUUUGCCACUUAAGGUAAAAUAUCAUCUGCGUUUUAGUGGUUUCAGUAGUCAGAGUUCUUCAGAUAAGUCAGAUAACGAAGAAAGACAUAGAUGGGAUACAGCUCUUCUCUUUCCAACAACACCUCAUGAAAGACCCAGGAACGAGGGUAAAAGAGAUGGUGGAGAUCCCGGGUACAUCAAAGAAGGAUUCCUGGCUGUGCAGCAUGCCUUAGAUAAGGCCAUCAUGGUGCACCACAACGGCAGAGCUGUAGAAGAGCUGUUUGAGAAUGUCAUCAUUUUUGUUAGGAGAUUUCCAAACCCUGCUUAUUAUCAUGAUACAUUUAUGUGGACUUUUAUAGCUAUCUUCCCUUUGGUAGUUUUACUUAUAUUUUCUCCAACUGAACUAACCCUCCUCAGGACCAUUGUUAUGGAAAAAGAAAACAAAUUAAAGGAGUACCAGCUCAUGAUAGGACUCAGUAGUGCUAUGCUCUGGGCUUCCUAUUUUGUCACAUACUUAUUGAUGUUUUUAAUCAUCGUCUGUUUACUGUUCGUGAUUCUAUUUGUCAAAAUUGUAUCUGAAGUUGUCCUCCAAUACAGUGACCCAUCUCUCAUCUUCAUAUUUUUCCUGUGUUUUGUCAUCGCCUCGAUAUUCUUUGGCUUUCUGAUUACCACAUUCUUCAGUAAAACUACUUUGGCUGUUGCUGUUGGAGGUUUCCUCUAUUUUCUCUCCUUCUUUCCAUAUGUAGUCGUCAACACCGUGUAUGAACAGCUGACCCUCAUGCAGAAGCUGGCUUCCUGCCUCAGUUCAAAUAUUGCAGUAGCUUUGGGGAUUGAUAUAAUAAGCAAGAUGGAAAUGAAGAGAUAUGGUGCUAGGUGGAAUAACUUCAGGUCACCAGUGAGCCCAGGAGAUAACCUCACUUUGGCCCAUAUUAUGGGAAUGCUUUUAUUUGAUGCUUUCUUGUGUGGCCUUUUGGCCUGGUAUGUAGAUGCUGUCUUUCCAGGGAAGUAUGGUGUGCCCAAGCCAUGGUAUUUCUUUUUGAAGAAAUCCUACUGGCUUGGGAAAGCUGUAAGCAUUAAGAGGAAAGAAGAGAGUGAAGUUACUGAUAUAGUUCAAAGUCGCUAUUUUGAAGAUGAACCUGUUCAUUUGGUGGCUGGUAUCAGGAUCCAACAUUUGUACAAGAAAUUCACAUUACAGAAUACUACCGUAAUGGCAGUACGAGACUUGUCUUUGAAUAUGUAUGAGGGGCAAAUCACUGUUCUUCUAGGACAUAAUGGGGCGGGAAAGACUACCACCUUAUCUAUUCUCACAGGUUUCUAUCUUCCUACCCGUGGAAAGGUCUAUAUUAAUGGAUAUGAUAUCUCAAAAGACAUGGUUCAAGUCAGGAAAAGCAUGGGCAUGUGCCCCCAGGAUGACAUAUUGUUUCCAGACUUGACAGUAUCAGAACAUCUCUAUUUCUACUCUGUGAUAAAAGGAAUACCUCCCAAGGAGCGUCCCACAGAAAUUAACAAAAUGCUGCUUGCUUUUGGCCUGCUAGAAAAGCGUGAUGCACUUUCACAGUCGCUGAGUGGAGGAAUGAAGCGCAAACUCUCCAUCAUUAUAGCACUUAUAGGAGGAUCCAAGGUGGUGAUACUUGAUGAGCCGACAUCUGGCAUGGACCCAGUCUCAAGGAGAUUCACCUGGGAUGUCCUUCAGCGGUGUAAACAGGAUCGUACUGUCUUACUGACCACCCACCACAUGGAUGAAGCUGACAUUCUGGGUGACCGCAUAGCCAUCAUGGUCAAGGGAUCCCUGCAGUGCUGUGGCUCUUCAGUUUUCCUGAAAAAAAUAUAUGGUGUGGGAUACCACAUAAUUAUGGUGAAGGAACCUCAUUGUAAUGUUAAAGAAAUUACCCGACUGAUUAAUCAUCAUAUACCAAGUGCCAGACUGGAGAACAAUGUUGCAGCUGAAUUAUCAUUUAUUCUACCCAAAGAGUACACACACAGGUUUAAAGACCUGUUUACUGAGCUGGAAGAUAGACAGGAAGAGUUGGGCAUUGCUAGCUUUGGUGUCUCUAUCACUACCAUGGAAGAAGUUUUCUUUAUGGCCACUAAAGAGGAUAAUCAAGCUCUCCAGACCCCUUCCCAAAAGGACAAAAACAGAAAAGAAGACAUGAACCAGAAUAUGAAUGUGCCCAGAAAUUUUGAGAGAUCAAAUUCUUCCAGCUCGAGUGAACACUCAAAUAUUAGGUUUAAUACUGGGUGUACUCUUUACUGCCAGCAGUUCUUUGCUAUGUUCUUAAAGAGGGCAAUGUUCACUUGGCGCAACUGGAAUUUGGUGUUGCUGCAGAUACUGGGACUUCUGGGUAUCGUUUAUUUUCUGAUGAGAGGUGUGAGGAUUUUAAGACGUACUGAUGAACCUGCCAGGGAAAUGGAUUUGGAACAAUAUGGUCAAACCAUUGUGCCUUUCUCAAUUACUGGAAAUUCUGACUUUACUCGGAAUUUCAAAAACAAUCUUGAGAUCAUGCUAAAGGCUAAGAAACAAAAACCUCAGGAAGUGAAAGGUGACCUGCAGGACUACUUGGCAGAAAGCAAAGAAUGCAUUUACUCAUGCAUUAUUGCACUUUCCGUUGAGGUCGUCGGAGACAAAAAGACAGUUACCUUUUGGUUUAACAAUGAGGCAUACCAUUCACCGUCAUUAUCCCUGGCAGUGUUAGACAAUAUUAUUUAUAAGUCACUUUCUGGCCCUGAUGCUUCCAUUACAGUCUCCAACAAACCCCAGCCUCGAAAGAUUAGUACUGGUAAAUCUGAUCAAAGAAGAAUGUUGGGAAUCCAUGUAGCCUUGAAUUUGUUUUUCGGUAUGAGUAUUUUGGUCAGUGGCUUUUGUCUCCUGACGGUGACCGAGAGAAUCACUAAAGCAAAGCACAUCCAGUUUGUGAGUGGGGUCUAUGCCCUUAAUUUCUGGCUCUCUGCUCUGUUGUGGGACUUCAUCGUCUUCUUCAUUUCCUGCUGCUCACUACUGGUGGUGUUCAUGUCCUCUGGAUUGGAUGUAUUGAUCAAGGAUUACCACUUUCUGGACACAUUGUUCAUCUUCAUGCUGUUUGGCUGGUCUGUCAUUCCCUUCUUGUACCUGAUAAGUUUCCUGUUUUCUAGUCAUACCAGUGCCUACAUCAAGCUCGUCAUGUUUAACUACUGCGCAGGGUUUUUCGGUAUAUUAGCGGAUUUGAUAGUGAGCACAGGAGUGGACAAGGAAGCUGCUUCUAAAAGCCCCCUGCUUAAUUCAUUGAUGCUGUUACCCAUACAUAACUUUGGGAUGAGCAUCAGCAGAUACUAUGAUUUCCAGGAGAGGAAGAGUCUAUGUUCCUCAUUGAAAAAUGUUCCUGACUACAUAAAUUGUAGUAAAGAAGCAAUGGAGUUUAACGUGUAUAGUUUGGAAGGAGAUGGAAUUGGAAAAUUUUUAAUUGCGAUGGCUGCCACAGGAUUUAUUUUCUUCCUCUUGAUUUUCCUUCUGGAGACCACUUUAUGGAGAGUUAGAGCGUUUGUGUUUCGCUAUAUUUUCUUUGGUAUCUACAAGAAACUUAAUAAGGAUAUAGUGUCCAGGGAAUUAUCUGGGGAAUCUGAAGAUGAAGAUGUACAACAUGAAAGAGAGAGAAUCCUGGAGCACCCUCAGGAGUUGCUGAAUUCCACAGUGCUUGUAAGGGAACUCACAAAGAUAUAUUUUACAUGUCCAGCCAUUUGGGCUGUGAGAAAUAUCUCUGUUGCAAUCCAAAAGGGGGAGUGCUUUGGAUUGCUUGGAUUAAAUGGAGCUGGAAAAACUACUACUUUCCAAAUUUUGACUGGAGAGGAGACUGCUACCUCUGGGGAUGUGUUCAUAGAGCACUUUAGUAUCACCAACAAUAUCCUAAAGGUGAGGUCAAAAAUUGGCUAUUGUCCACAGUUUGAUGCCUUGCUAGACUAUAUGACUGCUCGGGAAAUAAUGAUCAUGUAUGCCAGGUUGUGGGGGAUACCUGAGACUCAGAUUAACCGUUAUGUGAAUAACUGGUUGCAAUCACUGAAUCUGGAACCCCAUGCUGACAAGUUUAUCUACACUUACAGUGGAGGAAACAAACGUAAACUGAGUACUGCUAUUGCUCUAAUGGGAAAGCCCUCAGUCAUCUUCCUGGAUGAGCCAUCAACUGGCAUGGACCCAGUAGCCCGUCGCCUGCUCUGGAACACAGUGUCACAGACACGUGAAAGUGGCAAAGUCAUCAUCAUAACCUCUCACAGUAUGGAGGAAUGUGAUGCCCUCUGUACCAGGCUGGCCAUCAUGGUAAAGGGAAAGUUCGUGUGCCUUGGCAGCCCUCAGCACCUCAAGAACAAGUUUGGCAAUGUUUACAUCCUGAAGGCCAAGAUCAAGACUGAUACGGAUGACAAUAAAUUAGAGGAAUUUAAAGAAUUUAUUGAAACAGUUUUCCCAGGUAGUGAAUUAAAACAUGAGAAUCAAGGGAUCCUUAACUUCUACAUUCCCAGCAAGGACAAUAGCUGGGGAAAGGUGUUUGGUAUUUUGGAGGAAGCUAAAGAGCAAUUCAAUUUAGAAGACUAUUCCAUCAGUCAGAUAACACUGGAACAAGUCUUCCUGACCUUUGCUAACCCAGAGAACAUAGAAGCUGAUGAUUGAAAAAAGGUACCAUGAGAUUCAGUUCGAACCAGUGACCCAUAUGUCUUCCUUAGACUACUCUCUACUACACCUGGAUACAUAGAUGGGCAUUCCUGUGUGUGUAUAUCUUGGUGUAAAUAUAUUU